AUGGCUGCACCCCAAGAGCAGUUUGCUUUCCCCUUUGUGGACAACUACAAUGUGCCGGGCUCGGCAUUUGAACAGACCGGAUUCGACAAGCUGCCAAAGCCAGACGAUGUGCGCCUCGGUCUCUUGCAAUACAGAGAACGACGUGCGGAUGCAUGGCAACUCUCGAAUGGUUUCCUGCGCCCGUCUGUGAUGAUGUACCGGGAGCUGGGUUUGGCCGUCAAGUUUGGCCACCAUGUCUCCGUCUCGGAGGCACACGCCCUGCUGUUUGUACGCAAGCAUUGUCCAGAAGUGCCUAUGCCCGAAGUGUACGCGUGGCGCCGCAACCGCCGGCAGACAUUCAUCUACAUGCAAUACAUUGAGGGCCAAAAGGUGCAAUUCGAGGACCUCGACGACGACCAGCUGCGGUCGUUUGCAAGGGCCCUGGAGCGAGUCCCCCAGUCUCUGGUCUCGCCCAUUCCGUUUAUUGGUUGGUACCUCAUGUUUACCUCCCCCAUCAUGUACGGAGACGCCUUGUCGCUUUCAAUAACUAACAAGCUAGGCCAUGUCAACGGCCGACCGCUCCGGAACUGGGAGUUUAUCAACAGCGCAACGCCACAUGCUGGACCCUUUCCCAGCCUGGCUGCCUUCCACGACUGGCUGACGACGGACUUUGGCAAAUCGCCAUCGAUGAGCCGCGGUCUUUGUGCGCCGACCGCCAGGUACGAUGCCGAUACAGCGCGACGACACAUACGGACCGCCGAGAACCGCGCCAAACUCACCAACAAAGUCCCCAUCGUGCUGACCCACGGACGCCUGGGGGCGGCGAACGUUCUGGUGCGGUACCCGGCACACGACGGCGGCAGCUCGAGCGGACCGACUCCUCCGCGGAUUGUCGCUGUCUUGGAUUGGAGUACGGCCGGCUGGAUGCCUGCGCACUGGGAGCACUGCGGCGAGAUGUGCAACGACGACAAAGCGUGCAUUCUCCACGAGCAGUUCGUCAACGGCCCAACCAAGAAUGGUAAUGGUGAGACAGCCAAGGUGGACGGGGCAGUGCUGGACCACGUAAACAGCGUCGUUCAUUUCACGCUCAGCGCCUCUCACUGA